AUGAACAAAUUGAUCACAAGGGCAAUAUUUUCAAUCCAUCAUCAUAGAAAGAAUGGAUUUUUGAUACCUUUUACCUGUGGAAAAACAAUUUCAUCACUCCGAAGCUUUCACAUCAAUCAGAAGAAUAAUAAUCAAUCAGGACAAGCGAAUAAUGAAAAUAUUCAAAAUCAUAUCCAAGCCUAUCAACAAGGUUUAUUGUUAUUACGUCAGAAUCAAAUUCCGAAAGCCAAAGAAUUAUUUGAACUAUCAGCUCGUGAUAAUAAUGUGGAUGCUUUAUUCAUGUUGGGAAAUAUGUACUUGCUUGGAUUGGGAGAAGAAUUCGCACAAGAUUUGGAUAAAUCACUUGAAUAUUUUGAGAAAUUACAUGAAUUAAAUUAUUUGGAAGCUGAAUGUUAUCUUGGAUAUAUUUAUGAAAGCAAAGGAGAGUUGGAGAAGGCAUUUGACUGGUAUUUAAAAUCUUCAAAGAAGGGAGUUAGGGAUGCUUUGUUUAAUGUUGGAUUAGCUUUUUAUAAUGGAAGAGGAACAAGUCAAAAUUUUGAAAAUGCAAUUGAGAAUUUUACAAAAGCUGGCGAAAUAGGACAUGCCAAAGCUCAGCAACAAUUAGGAUUCAUGUACUAUUAUGGUACCGGAUGUGAACAAGAUUAUGUCAAGUCUUAUGAAUGGCAUUCUAAAGCAGCUCAAAAUGGUGUACCUGAAUCACAAUCUACUGUUGCAUUCAUGCUUUUACAUGGGCAAGGUGUUGAAAAGGAUCCAAAACAAGCAUUUGAUUGGUUUACAAAGAAUGGAGAUGCAGAAUCACAGUUCCAACUCGGUCUCAUGUAUCACUAUGGUAAUGGUAUUGAAACAAAUACUGAAAAAUCUCUUGAACAUUUGAAUAACGCAAGCAAUCAGGGUCAUCCAUUAGCUCAGGAAUUUCUUGGAGAAAUGUACUUAUUUGGUUUAGGCGUAGAAAAAGAUUACAAGAAGAGUUUGGAGUUAUUCCUGAAUGCUGCUCACAGUGGACAAUCACCACAAUCCAUCUUUAAUAUUGGCUUCAUCUAUCAGGAGGGAAUGGGGGUUGAAAGAAACUUGGACAAAUCACUCGAAUGGUAUUCUCAAGUCUCAGAAAAUCCAGUAGCUCAAUAUAAUGUGGGAGCAAUUUAUGCAGAAAGGGAAGACCUUGAUAAGGCAUACGAAUGGUAUCUGAAAUCAGCUGAAAAUGACUAUGUCGAUGCACAAUAUAAUGUUGGAUGUUUGUGUGCUCAAGGUAAGGGUACUCCAAGAAACGAUAGAAAAGCUCUUGAAUGGAUAACAAAGGCAGCUGAGGCAGGACAUGAAAAUGCAAAUAGAAUUUUGAAUCAAAUCAAUAAGAAAUAA